UAAACAGUCGUUCGCCAAACUAUCAAUAUGAAUUUUACAAUAUAUGCAGACCCGGCUGUAUGCAUUAAGCUUGCUGACCAACAAGAGGUUGCGACUAGUUCUUCCCCAAGUAUCCAGAGUCCUCUUCCCUUCACAUCGUGGUCCUCUACAAAGACGUCUAUAAAUGAAGGGAGACUCUACAAAACAGACGGGAAAAGAAGGGCUCGAAACGUGGAGAGCAGUCGAAAAUACAGGAAGAGGAGGAGGGAACGCUUUCAAAGUUUGGAGCAGGCAAAUAAAAGACUGCAGGAACAGAUUGACGAAGUAGAUAGACAACUACAACAGCUAAAUUAUGCAUUUCAUUUAUUUGUACAACAUGCUGAAUGUUGCGAGCACUGCUGCAAUAUGAGGAUAGGUGAAUAGCUUCAUAACUCUCGAUAGCAGCUCGAGGACCUAGACAAAUUCAUAUCAGCAGUUGUUUGGAUUAUUUGUCAUUUUACGACAUAAGCAUUGUUGAAGUCAAAGGCAUGUUUGUCUAAACUUUGAAAUUGCCUUAAUUUGGUUCUUUGAUGGGUGAAAGCACUGAUUUACCAAAUAAAGUAACACUUAGUUUUUCAA